UGCCGUGUGUCUUUUACGCUGACUCACUUGACUUGACGCCGCUGGCUAAAAACUUCAGAAUGGACCCGACGAGAGGAAAGCCCGUUAGUUAGUUAGUUAGUCAGUCAGUUAGUUAGUUAGUUUGUGAAAGGAGAGACAAGAGACACCGUCCAUGUCUUGUCCACAAAUAUCAACACACUAACUGAGACAAGCGAUGUCGAGAGAAAACACCACUCGGAGUCUGGACAGCAUAGACCUCGCUGCUUUGAGAGAUCCAGCGGGUAUCUUUGAGUUGGUGGAGGUGGUCGGCAAUGGAACCUACGGUCAGGUGUACAAGGGCCGUCAUGUCAAGACAGGCCAACUGGCAGCUAUCAAAGUCAUGGAAGUUACAGAGGAGGAAGAAGAGGAGAUAAAACUGGAGAUCAACAUGUUGAAGAGUUAUUCCCACCAUAGAAACAUCGCUACAUAUUAUGGAGCUUUUAUUAAGAAAGGCCCUGCUGGACAGGACCACCAGCUCUGGUUGGUGAUGGAAUACUGUGGAGCCGGCUCUGUGACAGACUUGGUGAAGAAGACAAAGGGGAACUGUUUGAAAGAGGACUGGAUAGCUUACAUCUGCCGAGAGGUGCUCAGGGGUCUUUCCCAUCUUCACUCCCAUCAUGUGAUCCACAGAGACAUCAAGGGACAAAAUGUUUUGCUCACGGAGAACGCCGAAGUCAAACUGGUUGACUUUGGAGUGUCGGCACAGCUGGAUAAGACGAUUGGUCGAAGGAACACCUUCAUUGGCACUCCCUAUUGGAUGGCUCCGGAGGUCAUCGCCUGUGAUGAGAACCCCGAGGCCACAUAUGACUACAGGAGUGACCUCUGGUCUUUAGGCAUCACCGCUUUAGAGAUGGCCGAAGGAGCCCCUCCUCUGUGUGACAUGCAUCCAAUGAGAGCACUGUUUUUGAUUCCACGCAACCCUCCACCCAAACUUAAAUCAAAGAAAUGGUCGAAGCGUUUCUUGUCGUUUGUUGAUCGAUGUCUUGUCAAGAACCAUCUGCAUCGACCGGCUACCGACGCCCUGCUGAGACACGCGUUCAUCAAAGAUCUGGCUAAUGAGAGACAAGUUCGCAUCAUGCUCAAAGAUCACCUGGACAGAACCAGGAAGAAGAGAGAGAAAGAGGGUCCAGAAUAUGAGUACAGUGGCAGUGAAGAAGAGGAGGACGAGGUGACAGAGGAGGAAGGAGAACCCAGCUCCAUCGUGAACGUUCCCGGCGAGUGGACAUUAAGACGGGAGUUUCUCCGUUUGCAGACGGAAGAUCGUGAAGGAGGCAAAGAGGGAGGUCACAGAGGAGGUGGGGCUCAACAAAGACAACAGGCAAUACAGCAGCAUAGGCAGCAGUUGGCGGAGCAGGAACGUUACAAGCAGCAGUUACUGGCCGACAGACAGAAGAGGAUCCAACAGCAACAUGAGCAGCGGCAAAAGUUAGAGGAUCAGCAGAGGCGGCAGCUGACAGACUGCGCCAUUCAGUGGGCGGAGCUUCAAGAGUUCCUGCUCGGGGAGGAGACUGAUCACCACGACAACCGAAUCUUUCUGGAUGAGAGGAACAAGAGGAGUGACAGGAGACAGGACCAUGCAGGCAGACAGCGGAGUGCCGAUGUGUCAGUAAGGCCUCUGGACUCCACCGGAGAGCAGAGAGCCGUGGCUUCAAACCAGCUGCUUCAGCACAAGGCCCAGCUCUCCCAACCCCAGCUACAGCCGCAAGCCAAGCCCCAGCCUCUGGCUCAGCAUCAGCAGCCCUCGGCGGGAAGGAGAUCCCACCGCACCCUGCCCAAGGACCAAACACAGCUCCUGUCACUGCAGCACGACCACAGACACAGGGAGCGAGAGCGGGAGAGAGAGAGGCAGAGGCAGAGAGAAAAGUCUGUGGCAGCUGUCCAGAAGCUAACAGCUAAUAGUGGGAGCACAGCUGCCGCCGCCGCCGCCGCUGCCGCCGCUGCUGCUGCUGCUGCUGUUGCUUCCUCCCCCAGCCGCCCUGCAAACAGCCAGCACUCAGCGAUGGACAUCCAAGAAUCGAACCUCGCCAAGCUGUUUUUGGCCGCCGGUUUUCCCAACCAGGUGCAGUCUAGGCUGGGCUCUGGGAGCAGCUCUAGUCCUUGUACUCCAGCCAUGCAGAGAGCUCACCUCAACCAGAAUGCCAAUCUGCGCUCUAGUCGAGAAGCCCCUCACAGCAGCUCGAUGUCAGAUAUGGCCAUCUCCCCUUUGUCUCCGUUUUCCCCGAUGUCCCCGACUGAUGAUGUCUUCUGGGGCCCCGUCGAGAUGCCACCAAAGGUCCCAGAACGCACAACCUCGAAGUUUUACUGUCGAGAACUGGUGAUGGGGCACAAGAGGACAGUUUCAAGUGGCAGCCCAAUGACUGUAGCAGAUAAGGGCGGACGAUCUGUGUCUCAUGGAGUUUCCUCCAGCAGCAGCAACCACUCAGGUUACUUCAAGCUGGAGAGUCCUCUUCUUCAGCACCGUGUCCAGCAGCACAGGAGGACGCAAGAAAACGUACCUAGCGGACACACACAGGCCGUAAGAUCUGCCCUCGGUCGGCUCAACAAGGCCACAGAAUACUCCUCUUCCAGCGACGAGGUCGGCAGCAGCGAUGAUGAAGAGGGGAACAGGUCUGGCCUGUCCAAUGGAAAGGGGAAAUACUACAGAGGAAUACCUGAUGGCAUCGUACUGCAGCCACACCACAAUCUUAACCAGAUAUCGCGGAUAGGUUCAGAUGACACCUACCUGCUACCGGACCUCCUGCAGAAAACCUCCUCCUCCUCCAGUCCUACCCAUAAUGCACUGGGCCAGCAGCAGCGAACAUGUGAACUCAGCUACUCGCAGUCGCCCACGACCCCUCGAUCCCCGACACUCCAGGAACUACAUGCUGUCAGCAGUCCUAUUGGUAAAAACACUUCCACGUCUUCCUCUUCCUCCUUCCUGUCCUUCAUCGAUCCAAGAUUGAUCCCCGUGUCAUCGCCACCACAGAGCCCGACCGGUGGUAAGGGUGAGCAAAUCAAGAGAGAGAACCACAGGAAGGGCUCUGUGGUGAACGUGAACCCAACCAACAUUCGACCGCAGAGCGACACCCCGGAGAUCCGCAAGUACAAGAAGAAAUUCAACACGGAGGUUCUCUGUGCUGGACUGUGGGGCGUGAAUCUGUUGGUGGGGACGGAGAAUGGCUUGUGGCUGCUGGAUCGGAGUGGUCAGGGGAAGGUCUACUCCCUCAUCAGCAGGCGGAGGUUUCAGCAGAUGGAUGUGUUAGAGGGACUCAAUGUCCUCAUCACUAUUUCAGGUAAAAAGAACAAGCUCCGUCUGUACUACCUGUCGUGGUUAAGGAAUAAAAUCCUGCACAACGACCCAGAGGUGGAGAAGAGACAGGGUUGGACCUCAGUAGGUGACCUGGAGGGAUGUGUACACUAUAAAGUUGUGCGUUACGAGAAGAUCAAGUUCUUGGUGAUCGCUUUGAAGAAUGCUGUGGAGGUGUAUGCCUGGGCCCCGAAACCAUACCACAAAUUCAUGGCCUUCAAGUCAUUCAGGUCUCUGCCUCAAAAACCACUCUCCGUCGACCUGACAGUGGAGGAAGGUCAGAGGUUAAAGGUCAUCUACGGCUCCUUGUCUGGCUUCCACGCCAUUGAUGUCGACUCUGGGACACCGUACGACCUCUACCUGCCUACACAUAUCCAGGGUUCCAUUCAUCCACAUGCCAUCAUCAUUCUGCCGAACAGCGCUGGAACAGAGGUUCUGGUUUGCUACGAAGACGAGGGCGUCUACAUCGACACCUACGGCCGCAUCACCAAGGAUACAGUGCUGCAGUGGGGCGAGAUGCCGGCAUCAGUCGCCUACCUUCAGUCGAACCAGGUGAUGGGUUGGGGAGAAAAGGCCAUAGAGCUGAGAUCAGCCAACACAGGGAACCUGGAGGGAGUGUUCAUGCACAAAAAGGCUCAGAAACUCAAGUUCCUGUGCGAAAGAAAUGACAAGGUCUUCUUUGCCUCGGUGCAGUCAGGAGGCAGCAGUCAGAUUUACUUCAUGACUCUUGGACAGAACUCACUGUUCAACUGGUAACAACUGGACCUGUUACUCUGGGAUCAGCUGGCGGUGUCUGCCUUCAUCUUUCUGGGUCUGACUUGCCUUUUUGAUUUUUGUGUUGACUGACGUUCAUGUUCGUGGAUAGCGGACACCAUACAAAGAUCAACUAGUUAUUCCUGGAUCCAUUACUAUUACGUAACUCCGGCUGCAGCAAACAAGCUUGAAUCCACCACUCCCUCCCUUAAAUACUGACGCCUGAAUCAUCCCUGCUUCAUCUGCACCUGGAAAAAAAAACAGCUUUAGUUUACUGCCACCCUCACCUGUCCAUGAAAGUGUUAAAAAAAAGGUACAACUAGCAGUGUCAGCAUCUGUACUGUGAAAAGCACACCAAGCAUUUUCUCAUGUCAGAUCUCCAUAGUUACCUGGAGACCAGUUGGAUUCACCCUGCAAACCAGUGUAACUGCAGCAGUGUGGCAGAAAUCAAGACUUCCUGUUGUAUCCAAAUCCACCUGGAAACAAAAUACGAUGGCUUGAUUCACUUGAUUGUGUGGUGAUUCCUAACGAACACCAGAUCAUCGGUCAACAUCCGGCCUCGACGUCUCGUUCCUCGUCUCAUCUGGCAGUGCUGGAGACCACAUCAGUCUCUCCUGGAUCACCUGUUUCUGUCUCUCUCUAAAGGAUUCUCUCGCAUCAGUUACUCGGCUAAUUAUCAGUUAUUCGCUCAUAUUUGCUUUAACGAAGCCUGGCUGCGGCGAUUUACUGGAUCAAUGAAGUCUUUAUAGACUCGGGGAGCGAUGCUUCCUCGUGUUAAAGGUGUGAAACUAGAAGAACAGGAGUCCUUCAUCAAAGCACACUGGCUCCAUGGACAACAUGCGGGCAUUUCAAAGACUGGGUUGGGGCCAAAAUGUGGACUAAGUAAGACAACAGUCAUUCCAUAUUUUGUCUCUAUCGCUUUCCUUACUCCAGAUCCACGUACCACCAGUGUUGUCUGCCUCCGAUACCUCAGCAGUGUUAUUUAUGAAGACCUUUAGUACUGUUUAGUUGUUUUCCUCACUGCUUUUCGCAUCAAGGACCCCCCUAGAAAAUCUGGUGAAUUACUGUACCGAAUCUUUAUUUUGUUGAUUUACAUAUAGCAUUAUAUUACGCACUAUCAAAUAUAUUAUUGAACGAAGAGUUUUUCUUUUUUAGGGUGAAAGUAAGUCAGCGUAACACCCUACAGAUCAUAGAUUUAAUCACGUACUGUCUAUGUGAACCUUAAAAUGAGGCCAAACGUCAGAAUCGAAUUACUGCCACGCAGAUACAGUUCAUUAACUUUAAGACUGCCCGUUUGGUCGAUCUAUCCCUAAUUAUGAGCUUGAAGUCAACUUUGCUCUCAGUCGCCAAUCAGGCAAAUGAUUGCUGCCUCUUAGCGUUCACCGCGCCACAGAUCCUGGUGUAGUUUUAGUCUCAUUAUUCCAUAGUAAGGACCUUAAGAGCCUUGUACUUUACUGUAGGGAUUACAGCAAGUAGAGAUAUGAACCAACUCCACAGUAACAGGCUAAGAACGCUCUUCUGCAUCUGUUUUGUACAGCUUAGGAUGUAUAUAAUCUUGUAAGAUGCACUGUUUUCUAAAUAUUUUAUAAUUGACAAGCCAUCUUUAUGUAUAUGUACAGAAUGAAAUGCUUAUGAAUGUGAAAUUCCAUCCCAGAACAGAGUUCACACGUGUUGCUUCACGCGAUCUUUGACGAGUUUGCGAACACGAGCGACUGACCGCGAACUUGAAGGCUCCCGUGUCCGAGAUCAAAUAACGUGUCGCGUGAGUUCUGUUUUGCGGUCGACUUUCUGCUUAACGUGUAUGAGUCAGGAUCUUUGCACAGCGGCCAACUUGUACACGUUCUCUGUAAUAUAUUCUCCUUUGAAAUGGUUCAAAGUGGGAACAUUUAAAGCCAUCCAGUAGUCAGUAUUGAAGAUAUGACGGAUAGAUCAGUAUUUCUUACACUACCCAACGCGGGACGCGAGAUGCAACGAGCUGGGCUGUAAAAAGUGAAAAAUGCUCUGUUGUGUAAUAGUUCUUCUGUUUUUUUCUCAUUCACACAAUGAGCUUCAAAGCAAGAAAACCAAAGACAAAGGCGUCGAUAUAUUGGCUUCUUUGAAUCUGACUGUGUAAGAUCACAAACUGACUCUUUGAUUUGGAACGAUGAUUUAAAAAAAAGAAAAGAAAUCAUCUCUAUUUGUAAAAGUUAUAUUAUUAUAUUCUAUACAGAAGAUGCCAGACGCAUGACGUGUUUUGGUGAAACCGCAACGAGAUAUAUGCAAUUUUUAAUGUUGCUAGUGUUUAAUAGCUCACGUGUAUGCUUUAGACAUAAAUAAUUGGUUCCUACCUUCAAAUGUGAAUUUACGAUUUGUCUGUUUCUGAUCCAUUUCCACGAUCGACCUGUUUUGUGUUAUACGUUAUCCUCUAUAUUUACAUUUACUCUUGAAUGUUCAGGCUAUCAAAAAAAAAAAAAACUGCGCCAAAUGUUUUAUAUUCAGUGAUACUUUGAGUUUUAGUUUUUUUUGUUAUGGACUUGAAAUAAUGGAUAGAAAUAAUGCAGCUGGUUCUGUGAGAAUAUUUUAAAGCGGAGAGUUUUAACUUUCCGAUAAUUACUGUCUCAUUGCUAAGACGCUACCAGAUUUCUUACAGUAUUUGUGUGUGUGUGUGUGUGUGUCAUCGGGAUGUGUGUUAGCUUCUUAACAUGGCUGCAGUGCAUGGAAAUACAGGAUUGUAAACUAUAACAGGCGUAGACUUGCUGGCUUACGUGUGCUCAAGAUUUUACAACCAAGCGGGGCUAGGAUACGACUAAGAUAGUAGAGAGGCUUCACAAUGUGUCACUUGAAAACAAGGCACAGCUAGAUUUCACAUACUUACUGUGCGUUAAUAUAUAAAAUUGGCUUAACAUUUUCGACACUGGAAAAACAAUUAUUCCUAUGUGCAGCUGACAACAACAGCAGUAAAGUCACAAAAUAGAUUUUAAGCAACUCGAAAUACAUUUUGAGUCGAUGUCACAACGUAUUCAGAACUGUGCAAGCUUGUGGUUAGCUUCGGUCUGGUCUGGUCAGCUGUUAAAUCGAGGCCGGUUACAGCACCGGGUACAGGUUUGGCCAGGUUCCUGAGCAAGACCCUGGUCAUCAGAGUCCAGACAGGACAAGAAACCAGAUCUAAACUAGUCCUGAACUAGCACAGCGCGGCUCCAGCACGUGUUCCAACUUCAACCUUACAUUUACACGGACGAUGCACGGUGACAACAUCCAGGAGCUGGCCUGUGAUUGCUGCACUCGACUAUCCAACACGCUCAGCACAAGUUAAGAAAUGAGUUUCGUUAAUCAGCCGUUAGAUUUGAAUUAUCUCAUGAAACAGUGUCAGAAUCUGUAGGAUUGUCGUUAAAGUUUGGUUUCAUGUCCACACUUUUUAAAGCAAUAAUGCAUGUUUGAUUCGUCGUCGUUAUGCAGUUACGUUACCGUGACUGACUUCAUCAGAUGAGCUGUAAUCUGGUCUUGAUUUGAGUGAUACGUAACAAGUUCAGCAUCUUUUCUCUAAAUGUGCCAAUUUCCCAUCUUGUACGUUCGAUGUUCAUUUUAACAUCGUGUGUUCUCUGCAUCGUUCUCCGUCCUGCUUCAUGAGACGAUCCGUUUGUCAUCUAGAGCUACAGCUACAGCUGACAUUUUUUUUUGCAGGUUAUUAGAAACAAACUUCUGCUUGUGCUGGAUCGCUAACGAGAGAGAGAGAGAUCAGUGCACUUCCACCCACACCUUCCACCGGUUAAGAUGAUAGAUUCUGUUUCAGGCCCGCCGUGACUCACGUCUCUGAACUCACCCACCGACUCUUUCCCUCUCACUUUGUCAACACGUGUCUUCUCACCUUUUCAUUCUCCUCUGCUCGCUCACUCCUCCUCCUCUACCAAUCUACACGUCUUGCUCCCUUGCUUGUCUUUACGUCAUAUCAAAGGCGAGUUAUGGAGUUACAUCAUCACGGCACUCACUCAAAGAAACGUUUAGCUCCACAACAAACCUGAUCAAAGCAUAUCGCUCCAUGUUUCUUUCAUAUUCCUGAACCGCUGCUGAUCUGAUUCUCCUUUUUAAAAAUAUAACAUAACCCAUCUACUGUGUAUCACAAUAAAUACUUUUUUAUAUAUUUUAGAGUCCACAGAAUUGGCCCGAUUGCUGAAGUAGGAUGAAGAACGAUGCAGAGAAAUGCUCGAGCACAGCAGCUCGACUUAAAGCGUUGCUAUGUUCCGUUGAAGCACUAAACUUUGCUACAAGUAAAGCUAAAACCUGGUGUAACAGCAGCACAGGUCAAAAGAGACAAAACACCUGAGGGUGUGUGUUAUUGCUUAUUAAUUCAAUUUUCUUUAAUUUAUUUUGAUUUACUUUCUUUUCUUAAGUUGCGUAGCUCGUUACUUUCCAGCCGGCGUCAAAGUCUGCGAACGCGAUCCUAAAGAAAGUGUAAGUUUGCGUGGGGAGGAAGGUGUGAUGUGGAUUGAUGGAGAACAGGUGGAAGCAGGAAUUCAGUCUGUCAGGGAAAGAAGGAAGGAAGGAUUGAGUUAGAGGUUAGGUAGUCGGUGGCUCGAGUCAAGUGUCCGCUAAUAGAAGGAAUGUGGAUGUUGCUUUUUUGCUGUAGUCGUAAAAUAACUGUUGGUAUCAAAAGAAGUUGAAGAAAACUUGCCGGCGUUUCAACAGAGGGCGCCGAACUGCACAUGUGAAAUUUAUAGACGUGGAUGGUUAUGAAGAAGAAUUAUAAUUAGGAGCUUUUCGUAGGGUUAUAUUUCUUCUCUUGUUGUGUUACUCAUCCAAAUGAAUCUCAGUAUAAGGCACCAAUAGGCCGAUAGUGAUAUAUACUAGACUGUUAUCAGCUGUUGAUGAGUAAUAUUUCCCAAAAGUUCAGAUUUAGCCAAACGUUUACAGUUACUGCCAGUAAAUUUUGGACUAUCUUCCUCUUGCAAUGUGGAGUUUUUGAUGUGACACAUGGGACGGUUGUUCUUCUAAUAAUGUAAAUUCUAAAGAGAAGAUUAUAAAAUACCAAAUAUUAUAUAGAUAUAUAUAUAUAUAUAUUUAAGAAUAUAUAUUCCCCCUUAACCGUUUAAUUUCUGUGCCAUUAUAAAGUUUAUCCUUUGUUUUAUUUUUUUUUGCACUGGACCUAUGUUUGAUGCAUCAUAUACUGUACGCCCCUCCUGCUUUGAGGUGAACACACACUCGUGUUUCUAUGUAACGAGGCAAAAAGACAGUGAGACAAUAAAUAUGUUGAAUUAA